AUUAAGUCAAAUCACAACAUCUCAUUCCAGCUUAUAUAAAAUUUGAAGUCCGCCCCUUAUAAAUAACCCUGGUUUUUCCCUCUCCUUUUCGCUUCUUUAGUUUCUGUUUCAUCAAAUAUCAAAACUAAGAAAGAAAGAGAAGAAACAAUCUCAAUUCGAAUUUCCAUGGCUUGAUGAUUAAAUUUCUCUCUAUAAUCGAAAUAACUCGGAAACUCUGAUUUUCUUUUGUAUCUCGUAGAUUAUUUGUGAAGCGCGCAAUUGGAUUCGGGACUGUAAAGCGUUUUGUUGUACAUUAGUACUGGCUGAAGAAAAUGUUCAAUCGGAGCUGAAAGAUUAGGGUUUGAAGAUGGAUCUGAAAAUCCAUAGACUCGGAAAUGCGGAGCUCCGGGACUCGCUUCCGGAAUGUACAUUUUCAAGGUAUAAUACAUCUCCAAAGGUCGUCUCCUUGAUGGACGAAGACGAUAAUCAGAACACGAAGAGCGUCGAUUCUGAAGUGAAUCUCGCUCAAGAGAGCAUAAUCGAAUUGAUUUGCCGAGACGAUAAAGUUGGACUCACGGCUCAGUCAAAACGAGUGUAUCAGCUAUCUUCGGAACCUUUGGACCGAAGCAUCGCAUCAAAGCUUCUCCAUCUCUGCUGCGUAUACGACUCGGUGGACUGCGCCUCGGCGUUGCUCUGCGGAGAGGUUGGAACGGUACCGCUUGUGAACGAUGUGGACGACGAAACCGGCAAAUCUCCGCUUCACACGGCUGCUGAAGCGCACGCCGCGCGGUGCGUAGAAUUACUGCUUAAGAAACGUGCUCGUACGGACCUCAGGACCAGGGACGGUCGGGCUCAGCUUGCUUUGGAGCUGUCUCUUUCUAGCUCGAGGAUGGAUGUGACUUGGAACCCUGACGAUUACUCCAUUGAGGACUUGGUCGUCUUUCUUGGGGAAAAGGAUAUGAAUACUAUAAAACUUAUUUGUGAAAAAACGAAGGAAGCUGCAGAGGUGGCGCGUGCAAUGGCGGUUGAAGGAGGUGUAGUCGCUUUAGCUGCUAUCCUCGUUGUGGCUGCUGAGAAGAUUAAUGAAUCGAUCUUAGAAUUUCGGGAUUCUGAUUCAGGUUCCAAGGAGAAGAUGACUAUAUACGAAUGCGUGAUAAGAGAGGCUUUGUCCUUGGGCCGCGCAACCUCGUCAGUCAAAGAGAGUGAGGACUCUAAAAAAAGAAAGGUUCUGCUUUCUGAAAUUGAGCUGCUUCAGCUCUUUGGUGUUGUUGCUCUCAGCCGUUGUACGGAGAAGAAGCCCAGAUCACCGUCACCACUAGUCCAGGCAAUCCAGGCUGGAGAUGAAGCCGUCAUUGUGCUCCUUCUUAAGACAAGUAUAGAUAUAAAUGAUGUCGAUGCGGAAGGAUACUCUGCUCUUCAUUGGUCCGUUAAAGCGUCGAGGGUGCCCUGUCCAGAGGAUAUAAACAUUCUAUCACUUCUCCUUAAGCAUGGUGCUAGAGUGAGCCAAAAGAAUAAAUUAGGAUUGACUGCAUUUCAUAUGGCUGCUGGUAAUGGUAAUUCACAGGCACUUCAGAUCCUUCUACUGGAAGAUCCCGAUGGUAUCAACUACAAGACAGAGAUGAAAGAAACACCACUAUUUUUUGCAGUGAAGAAUGACCAUAUGGAUUGUGCGGAGAUUCUUUUGCGCUGGGGGGCAAACAGUGAAGUUCUGAAUUUGCGUAGACAAAGACCAAUAGACUUAGCAAAAUCGCAAGAUAUGCGUUUUAUGCUAAAUCCAACCAAUAUCAGUCAUGUAAAUCGUGAUCUCUCUUUGCAACAGAAACAUCCAAAAUGGUUACAAGAUGCCGAAUUUUUCUUAGACGCCGGAGGAACACUCCUAAGCAUGACAGAUGGAGAGACCCCCUGUGAAAGUAUUUGCUCAAGCACAACAACAGAGAGCUGUAAAUAUUAUGCUUCUCCUCAAGGAUGUAUUAGAGGAGAAAAGUGCUUUUAUUCACAUAGUGAAGAAGGACAUAGACAACUGAAGCCGGGACCCCAGAAAAGCCGUUCUCCUUCUGCAGCAGAACUCAAAAAGAAAAUAUUUGUGGGAGGACUUCCCCCUCAAGUGAACUCUAAUUCGUUACGCAAGUUCUUUGACGAAAAGUUUGGGCCAGUAGAAGAUGCUUUAGUUCUUGUAACACAAACAGGAGCUCAUAUUCAUUCCCGAGGCUUUGGUUUUGUAACCUUCAGAGAUGAGAAAUCCGUUCUGGCUGCUGUUCAAGCACAUUACGUCACCAUAUCAGACAAGGUAGUCGAAAUUAAAAGCGUUGUCCCAAAAUGGAUUUUAGAAAAUUGCCCCCAGAAAGUCUCGACUCGUCAAGACAGUCAAGAGAAAAAUGGUAAAUGCCAACCUCAAGCACAGAUAUCCCGUGAGAAGAUUGUGGAUGGUGACUUGCCUGAGAAAGGUUCUUGGGCCAAUAAAUUAAUUUCUGGACAAACCACGAUUUGUUGCAAAGAAGUUAAAGAGAAUAAAAAAGUGCCUACUUGGCUAAAGAUUUUCAGGAAAUGGCUCCCGAACUUCCUACGUAACCUAUCAAAGCAGCCAAGGGAAGGAGAAUAUGCUCUCUCAUCUCUGAAGAAGGAUUUCAAGGAUAAAUUUGGCUUGGAUUUGGACCACGCCUCUAUAGGUUACUCUAAGCUCAGCGACUUUAUCAAAUGUUUCUCUGACCUUUGUUGUGUGAAGGUUGUUCCAAUUGGAAGACGUGGAAUUGCAAAUCACAUGGUUCUUUUACCAAAAAAUACCAGGCCUCAACAGCAAGAAGUAUGCCAUUUGCCUACCACACCCAAUGCUCCACCUAGUGCAGAGUCAAUUAAAAAUGGAGGUGACAGUGACACUAAAUCAAGUUCUGAUGAAAAUGUUGGCGAAGGCCUCAAAAGCUUCUCCUCCGCUUUGAGUCCAUCUCAGACUAGAACACCGUUUAAUGUGCAACCAAGUUUCGUACAGUUCUUGAAGGAAGAUCCUCUGUUUCACUUUCGUCCCUGGCUACAAAAUGACAAAAUGGGACAGUAUUUAGAGGCUGUUCAGCAACGACAUCUGGUUUUGGAGGCCAUUUCCAGAAAAAGAAACAACCAAUCAGUCUACUUUCUUCGAGAAUAUGAUUUCUACAGCAAUUAUAAGGCAAGUAUAAAGGAAGGAAAGUGUUUUGGCUGCAAUCAGCGUAAGGUUUUGUGGGCCAACCUUCCUUGUCGACACUUGUUGUGGUGCUCCGACUGUAAAAUGAAGGCUUCUUUGGCUGCUCGUAAUUUUUCACACAAGUGUAUCGUCUGUGAUGUAGAAGUAGAAAGUAUCAAUUUACUCCCAAUUGUCGAUCGUAGUCAAAUCGUACUCGCAUACGAAGAAGGUAAUAAAGGUAUUUCUAAUUCCACCACAUAUUUUCUUUCGGGGGGUUAUUCUUGUUCGAAUUUAUAACUCUUAACAAUGUUUUUUAUUUUGCUUUGAAGCCUGCCCAAGAUGAAUAUCAAUACUUGUUUCCGCCAAGAAGCGGAGAAAGGUAAGAAAACAAAUAUAUUAAAAACAAAGGUAAAGAUAGAAUGUGGUGCGCCUUAAGCUGUAAAUUGCACCCAAGAAAGAAAAGUUUAACAUAUAGUAUUGCUGAUACUCGUUGUCGCCCCCGGGUUUCGGUUCUUAGGUAUUUUUUGCUUGAUAUUUUUGGAUAUUCCAUCAAGCAAAAAUGUUUUCGGAUCUGUUUCUUUAGUAUGCCUUUUGUAUCAUGAUCCAUGUUAUGGUGUUACUAUAUAAUACUAGUGUAACCGACCUGAAGGGACCUUCAUAGUUCAUACCCUUCUUAUAUUACAAAGGUUUAGGAAAUAUUAAGGAA